UUUUAUUUCCUUUUCCAAUUCCGCGUGCGGAGAGCUAGGCCAAGGUGAGUUAGCUCGGGUUCCCUUGGCAGACGUGAGGUAAAUUUGGCCAAAAAAUCAUCAUGGCUACCGACGAGUUGGCGUCCAAGUUGGCGAGAAGAGAAGCAUUAAACGAGGGCACUGAGGAGCCGAACACGGACAAGAAAACAUUGGUUUUCAAUCCGUUCACAGAGUUCAAGGAAUUCAGCCGUAAGGAAAUCAAACAGUACGAGACGAUGUUUAAAACUUAUGAUACCGACAAGAAUCACUUCAUAGAACUUCUGGAGUUGAAGUUCAUGAUGGAAAAGUUGGGAGCCCCGCAGACGCAUUGCGCCCUCAAGGACAUGAUCAAAGAAGUAGAUGAGGACCACGAUGGAAGAAUAUCAUUCCGGGAGUUUCUGCUGAUCUUCCGCAAGGCAGCAGCUGGAGAGUUGGAAACGGACAGUGGGCUGAGCGACUUGGCCAGACUAACCGAAAUCGAUGUGGACAAAGAGGGGGUAGGCGGAGCCAAGAACUUCUUUGAAGCAAAGAUCAACGAGCAGACGAAACUAAAGAAGUUUGAAGAAGAGAUCAAGCAGGAACAGGAAGAGAAGAAAAUCCAGGAGGAGGAGAAGAAAAAGAGGAGGGCGGAGUUUAAAGCCAAGCAGGAGGCGUUCAAAGUUGCGUAGACUUGCCGGCUGAAUGAGAACGGCCCUGAAAGUCAUUCACUGUGACCAGUAUGCCUCCAAGGCUUCGAAACCACACUUACCAUUGGUCUCAUCAAAAAGCAUUAAACUCUUCCAAUCCUUGAAUUUUCCUCAUUAAUGGUGCUUUGCCCAAGGAAGCAUCUAAAAGUGUUAACAUUCCCCGUCAAGGCAUCAGUGCAAGCAAACUCCAGUGAGCAGCUCAGAGGUAAACCACUAAAAGGGACGCUCGUUAUAGACGUUAAAAAAAAAGAUGUCUCGUUGUCGAAGGACUGCAGUCCUGUCGCCAACAUUAACAAAUUGGCCAAGCCACUUGUCUCACUGUGAUGGUGCUACAUGUAUCUAGCAUUUGAUAUGAUUAUGAGCAGCUGGGCACAUUGUUCAAGGUCCGUCAUGUAAUCCACCUGUCUACAGUUGUCGGUACACAGCCCAUAGCAAAUUCCGCUUGGGCAAACCGUUGUGUACAUGUAUUUCACAGCAUUAGCCAUGUUAGCACUUGCAAGUUCUCGAAGAUUUUCUUGCAUUAUUCCAACAGUAUCUUAUUAUCGACAGCAUUUCUUGAUUAAAAUGUAGACUGCAGUAUUCCGGGACUCUGAUUUGAUGGGCUCUCCAGAACAACCUGAUGCCAGUGAGUUUCAGUUGAAAUACUCUGACUAGUUAGAGUUGUUAUCCUUGGUGUGUAAUCACAGUGAAUAAUUGCACCUGUUAUUGUGUAAUCCAUGGUGAACAUUGGCUUUUUGUAAAUGGUAACCACACAAAUGGUUUAUUUUCUUUUGUAUUGUGUUAAUCAAGAAAGGUUUGUGUAAUUGUAGGACCCGGAUCAAGGUAGGUUUGAGUAAGUUUGCAGACAGACGUUUGUCACCGUUUCCCACUGGAGCAGACGAAUCUUUUUGAAAAAAAAACAAACUUGCUAGUAAGCCGUUCGGCGAGGCUGGAGUUGAGUCUUCACCAGUCCCUCGCAAGUCAUCGCGCAGCCUCCAUUGCGGGGCAUGUAAGAAUUGCUCCCUUGUCUUGCUAGGGCAGCGAGACCAGCCACUCAAACGUCCGAUGGGGGUUAGAUGUACACGAACCGUCUAUGUCUUGUUCCACCGAAGUGGGGAAUAAACGGAGCAGGUAGUUUUACUAAUCUUACAUGUGGCUAACAUUCCAUGCAGGGCUGGGUUUGAAAACAACACAAAAUCAGGCGCACUUUUUAUACCACUUGCAAUCCAGUUUCACAUCCAACGAUGUUCCACGUUUCCAAAUUUACAGUGUAUACUCACCGAAAGCAUUAUAUUAUCUCACCGAAACUGGAAUACGUACCUUGAUUUGUAUUUGCUGUGACACGGAACAGUGCACCUUGCUGUAUUGCCGAAGUAGCUUUCUGAUGUGUUAGUUUAUUGUAAAAGUCUUGCCAUUAGUUGGUCCAGGAAAAAGGGGAAAAUAAAAGUGGAGGGGACUCUCACCUGCGCGCCUUGCCUGUAGCCGCCCCUUGACAGAAGUAGGAUAAGAUUGGACUAAUACUUCAGUAACCUUGUAUAUUGCACUUGCAUUUUUAGUUACACCCUUUAAUGGACUUUGCGAGGCAUGAUUAGUUGGCAGAGUAAACAGUAAAUUUGUGGUGCAGGAGCCACCAUUUGACAGCCACAGGAAAAGGGUGACCUCAAAAGGUCAUGUUUGUGGUUACAGUGGACAGUGGCCAUUAAUGAGUGGCUGCAAGGGGUACAGGCCAGAUUGGACCAGUGGCCCAAUUGGACAUUGUCUACUUUGUGUAGAUCACACAGUAGACUCGGUCACUUCUUGAAUAUUCACCUCUUCCCUACUGUCUUGCCCAAAUCUCCCGAUACAGACAUACCUUGGGGUCAAUUUUCCGUUAUUUUAGAGUGCAUUAAAGCUGAGGGGAGUAUUAAAGGAAUUUCAAAUAAAAUGCCAACAAAGAUGUAAACCAUUAUGAAUUUCAUAACCAUUGUUACAUAAAAUAGAACUUGUGUACAUAUUUUUAAUAUCAAGUUACAUAUGCAUGCUUACUUGAACAAGUGGAUGUAUCCAAACACAUGGUAUGUUUCUCUGUUAUUUUUUAAAUUGCGUAUUUUUUAAAAUUUCUUUUUUAAUGUGGAAUGUGUAUGCCAUUUUGUAUUGUGUCGGUUCAGAGCUUCAUAGUUCUUUGAAAUGAAAAUUCAUUUUGUUACUUUUUAACUAUGCAUUUUCAUAUUUUAUGAUUUUAUUUUUAUGGUUUUUUUUCAUUUGUGUACAUGCUUUUGAAUUUAAUCCUGGAAUUUGCAAUUUUAUUUACAAUUUAUACAUGUGUACUGGGUUAUGUGUCAUUAAAAAAAUGGUUAUUUUAGACGA